AUGGACCGCCUGGCCCGGGAGGGAGUCAAGGCCAAGUACCUCAUCCCACCCUUCGUGACAAUGACCUCCCCAUCCCACUUCACCACAAUCUCAGGUCGCUGGAUUGAAGAUCAUGGAGUCAUACACAACAUGAUGUUUAACACUGAGACAAAAUGGAAGUACUCCUUCAAGACCACACUGAACAAGACUGAGUGGUGGGACAAUGGUGUUCUCCCCCUCUGGAUCACAGCCCAGAGACAGGGGAGGAAGACGGCGUCAUUCCACUAUCCUGGGGGAGGUGCUAAAUACAAGGGUGAAGCCGUCCAGAGGUCCCUGGUGGAGUCUUACACUCACCCAGACAGCAAUGAGACAGAGUGGAGGGAGAACAUUGAUAUUGUCAUGAACUGGUUCACUAAGGAAGACUUUGACUUUGUGACUCUGUACUAUGGAGAGCCAGAUAAUGUGGGACACAAAUUCGGGCCCGAGACGGAAAACAGAAGGGUAAUGAUUCAGCAAAUCGACAGAACCAUUGGGUACCUGGUGGAAGCCAUUGAGAGACACCGCUUGACUGAGCACCUCAAUGUCAUCAUCACAUCAGACCACGGCAUGACUACAGUAAAAAAGAAGCCCAAUGUCACUGAGAUCCUCUUGACCAAAUACAUCAAGUACAAAGACUUAGUCAAGUUUGAUAUUGUGGACUACGGAGGCUUUGGGAUGAUCCUGCCCAAACCAGGAAAAGAGGAAGCUCUUUACGAAGCGCUGAAGAAUGCACAUCCACACCUCCAUGUCUAUAAGAAGGAGGAAUUUCCAGAACGCUUCCACUAUGCUAAGCAUGAGCGAGUCCUGCCAAUCCUGCUGUAUGCAGACUCUGGUUACAACAUCAAUGGGCAACUUAUAAUUUAUUUCAACAAAGGAGACCAUGGCUUUGAUAAUGAUCUCGAGGACAUGAGGACCAUAUUCAGAGCUUUCGGGCCAGAUUUCAAGAAGAAUCACUUGGCUGAGCCUUUUGACAGUAUCCAUAUCUACCCACUCAUGUGUAAGCUCCUGGGGGUUACCCCUGAGCCCCACAAUGGCUCCCUGGCAAUCACCCAAGAAAUGCUUGUGGACCAGCAACCAGGAGCAAAGAUACAGAGGUCAUCUGCUCUCCAAAAUACAGCAAUAGGUCUGGGGACUACCACAGGAGUUCUUGCAGUUCUGUUUGUCACUGGUGUGACAUACACAGCCAUUCGUCGGAAAAAGAAACAGAGCGCUGAUCAAAACAGCAAAAGUGAACCAGUGAACCUGAACGAAAUCCCAAGAGUCGCCCUUUAG